CUGCCUCACGGUAGAACAUGAGCAGGUAAUGCACCAGGAGCACCACUGGGAAUCAUGUCAGACGAGUCAAUCUCAGGGAGUGAUCCGGACCUGGACCCGGACUUGGAGCAGGAGGAUAUGGAAGAGGAGGAGGAGGAAGAUGAGGAGGAGGCGAUGGAGGAGGACAACGAUGGGGAUGACGAGGAAGACUUACUUGAUGAAAGUGACCAACCCCGGGAAGGUGUGUUCAGUGGUGACCAUGCUGAGCACGCGGAGGAUGGAGAAUGGCAGCGCUCGACUUCAACUACCUCAUCUCCGAGUGAGCGGGCAGAGCAACUCUUGCAGAACCAGCACAAGAGCCUGGCCUCUGAGGACACCAAAAAGAAGAGGGCUCAGAAACCGUCUCACAUGCGGAGGAACAUAAGAAAGCUGUUGCGUGAGGACCAACUGGAAGCCGUGACAAAGGCAGCCCAGCAGGAAGAGUUGGAGAGGAGGAAACGGCUUGAGCAGCAGCGGAAGGAUUAUCCAGCCACUAUUCCAACUGUACCCCUUGAGUUUCUUCCUGAGGACAUCGUUUUCAGAACAGCAGAGGCGACCCAGCUCCCCCCUCAGGUCCUGGCUGAGGAAGUGAUCUGCCUCGACAGUACCAGCAGCGGCAGUGAAGAUGAUGCUAAAGGAAAAAAUAGCAUUAAAGAUGAAGUGAUUGAGCUGAGCUCAGGAGAGGAUGAUGCCCUCCAAAUUGUGGACAGCAGUGACUCUGGCAAUGAAGGGGAGGAGGAUGGCAGUGAAGAGAGCAGUGGCUCUCAUGUGAAUGAUGCCUUAAAUCAGUCAGAUGCUCUGGGGCAAGUCAUUGUCAACAUCAAUCAUCCACCAAAUGAAGAGGACAUUUUCCUGGCUCCCCAGCUUGCACAUGCAGUAAAACCUCAUCAGAUUGGUGGGAUCCGAUUCCUGUAUGACAACUUGGUCGAGUCCUUGGAGAGAUUUAAAACCAGCAGUGGGUUUGGGUGUAUUUUAGCACAUAGCAUGGGCCUGGGCAAGACCAUACAGGUCAUCUCUUUCUUGGAUGUACUUUUUCGGCACACGGAGGCAAAGACUGUUCUUGCCAUUGUACCUGUGAAUACGCUCCAAAACUGGUUAGCAGAGUUCAACAUGUGGCUCCCAGCACUUGAAAACCUUCCUGCUGAUUAUAACUCCAAAGAGGUCCAGCCCCGCACCUUCAAAGUCCACAUCCUGAAUGAUGAACACAAGACAACAGCUGCACGUGCAAAGGUGGUGAAUGACUGGGUGACAGAAGGUGGUGUGCUGCUGAUGGGAUACGAGAUGUAUCGUCUCCUCUCACUGAAGAAGUCCUUUGCCACUGGUAGGAAGAAGAGAACAAAGAAACAAACUGGCCCUGUCAUUAUUGACUUGGAUGAGGAAGACCGGCAGCAAGAGCUUCUGAAAGGGAUUGAGAAGGCCUUGUCUCGCCCUGGCCCAGACGUGGUUAUUUGUGACGAGGGACACCGGAUAAAGAACUGCCAUGCCAGCACUUCCCAGGCCCUGAAGAACAUCCGCUCGCGCCGGCGGGUGGUGCUGACGGGGUACCCGCUGCAGAACAACCUCAUCGAGUACUGGUGCAUGGUGGACUUCGUCCGACCCGACUUCCUGGGCUCGCGGCAGGAAUUCAGCAACAUGUUUGAGCGGCCCAUCCUGAACGGGCAGUGUAUCGACAGCACCCCGCAGGACGUGCGGCUCAUGAGGUACCGCAGCCACGUCCUGCACAGCCUGCUGGAAGGCUUCGUGCAGCGGCGAGGCCACAAUGUUCUGAAGGUUCAGCUCCCAUCUAAGGAAGAACAUGUCAUUUUGGUACGUCUGUCAAAGAUCCAGCGGGCCCUUUACACAGAGUUCAUGAACCGGUUCCGAGACGCAGGCAACAGUGGCUGGCUGGGACUGAACCCACUCAAAGCUUUCUGUGUUUGUUGCAAGAUCUGGAACCAUCCAGAUGUGUUGUAUGAAGCUCUGCAAAAGGAGAAUCUGGCAAACGAGCAGGAUUUGGAUGUGGAUGACCUUGGCACAGCAAGUACUAAUUCCCGCUGCCAGCCUCAGGGAAUUAAAGUCAAAGCAGAGAGUAAUGCUUUGGCAUCACCAGUUGGAGAAGCUACUAACAGCAAGUUCCUCCAGAGUGUUGGCUUCAACCCUUUUCAGGAGAGAGCAAAUCAGGUCGUAACUUAUGAGUGGGCCAAAGACAUCUUGUGUGAUUACCAGACGGGAGUCUUGGAGAACUCGCCCAAGAUGGUGUUACUGUUCCACCUAAUUGAGGAAAGUGUGAAGCUUGGAGACAAGAUCUUGGUCUUCAGCCAGAGCUUGUCCACCUUAUCUGUCAUUGAAGAGUUUUUGGCCAAGAGGCCGAUGCCGAGUCCUCCGGGCUCAGAUGGAGGAGUACACAACUGGGUCCGAAACAUCAGCUAUUACAGACUGGAUGGCAGCACCUCUGCCUCAGAAAGGGAACGACUGAUUAACCAGUUCAAUGAUCCCAGCAACAACUCUGUUUGGCUCUUCCUUUUGUCCACACGUGCCGGGUGUCUGGGUGUCAACCUCAUUGGAGCAAACAGAGUGGUGGUGUUUGAUGCCUCCUGGAACCCGUGCCACGACGCCCAGGCCGUGUGCCGAGUGUACCGCUACGGGCAGAAGAAGCCGUGCCACAUCUACAGACUGGUUUCUGAUUACACCCUUGAGAAGAAGAUCUAUGACCGUCAGAUCUCCAAGCAGGGCAUGUCAGAUCGGGUGGUGGAUGAUCUGAACCCAGUGCUGAACUUCACCCGACGGGAGGUGGAGAACCUGCUGCAUUUUGUGGAGGAGGAAUCUGACCCUGCUCAGCUCUCCCUCAAUCCAAGCAAGAUGAAGGAGUCUGUUCUACAAUUAGCCUGUCUCAAGUAUCCUCACCUCAUCACCAAGGAGCCUUUUCAGCAUGAGUCACUGCUGAUCGACCGGAAGGAGCACAAGCUGACCAAGGCAGAGAAGAAAGCAGCCAAGAAGAGCUAUGAGGAGGAAAAGCGAGCAUCCGUCCCCUACACCCGGCCGUCCUACGCACAGUAUUACCCAGCCAGUGACCAGAGUCUGACGAGCAUCCCUGCCUUUAGCCAGAGGAACUGGCGACCAGCCCUCAAGGGUGAGGACAAGCCCGUGGCGAGCGUCCGCCCAGUUCAGUCCACCCCCAUUCCAAUGAUGCCCCGGCAUGUCCCCAUGGGCAGUGCAGGAUCAACCUCAAGUUCCAGUGCUGCUGUCAACUUCCCCAUCAACUAUCUACAGCGAGCUGGUGUCUUUGUGCAGAAGAUUGUGACCACCACAGAUAUUGUGAUUCCGGGUACAAACACGUCCACUGAUGUACAGGCAAGAAUCAGUGCUGGUGAGAGCAUCCACAUCAUCCGAGGGACAAAAGGGACGUAUAUCCGGACCAGCGACGGUCGGAUUUUUGCUAUACGGACCACUGGGAAGCCGAAGGGCAAUGAAGACCGUCAGACAGCUGCCUCAGGCUCCCAGAGCUCCUCCCUGGAGUCCACAAGCAAUGGCAGACACAGUGCCUCAUCGCCGCAGCUCCCCAGCACGGAGGAGCUCACCCGGCCCAUAUCCCCCGACAGCCCCGAGAUCAUCAGCGAGCUGCAGCAGUACGCGGAGGCGGCGGCCGCGCGCGAGUCCCGGCACGGCUCUCCCAGCACCAACGCGGCGCAAGGCCAGGCCGCCCGCACGGACACCGCGCCCGGCGCCGCCGCCCGAGGGGCCGAGCAGCGCGUGGGGGUUCACUGCCUGGCCCCCUCCGUGUCCUCGGCCCUGCCAGCCACCAGCCAGCACGUCGAUGCCCACUCGGUGUUGGACUUACGGGGCAACAAGCGCAAGUCGACCUCGCCGUCGGCUCCGGAGGAGCAAUCCCGCAGGCAGCAGAAGAAGCGCCAGUUGCCGUCGUCCGUGCAGCCCUACGAACACGGGUACCCCGUCUCUGGAGUUGAAAACCGAGGGGUUCUGAGCAAACUGCUGGACAACUUGUCUUUGGAUGCACCAUGGAAAUAAAAAUCAAACCCCCCCACAAAAGUAACAAAGCAAAUUAACUGAUGGUGUUCAUGCAAGUUUCUCCAAAGACUUGACAGUGCUGCAUCUGUGAGUCAUGCCCUCCUGUGCUCUGUGUGUCCACCUCAUGCACAACCCUGUGACACUGAUUGUAUGACCAGCUUGCCCAGAUGUCCGUUGCAUCCCUGUGAGGCUGUCAGUUUUCCGGUGGAUUUGGGGAAUGGACCUAGGCAAGGGCUUUCCUUGUCGAGAGUAGCAAGCAUUGAGACCCUGGCGGCGCGUGUGGGAGGCUGGAAUGUAAGCAGACCCCCACCAGAGCCCUGCUGCAGCCCCAGUCCUUCCUGGUGGGGGUCAGGGUAGUGGGGCUCAUCCAAGGGACCCUCCCACAUCUUCUGAAUGGGGCCUGUGCUGGGACAAGGGGUGAAGAUUUGGCUGGGGGCUGUCAGUGUCGUGGCUCUGGUGGCUACACACCAUUUUCUCUGCUCCUUGCCUCUCCAGGAGAGCUCCCAGGGCUUCCCGAGCAGGUCCUGGCACAUCUCGAUGCUGCCACCCGGUGUCCUCCCGGGGUUCCCCAGCAUAGCCCGAGCCCUGUGGCCACAGGAGCUGGGGGUGCCUGGCACUAGGCUGCCAUGGGGUGCACACUUUGUGCCCUGUUCUGGUCAUUAACAUGGCACCAGCGUGAGGUGUGAGGGCUCUCCUGGCUCCUGCACGGCCAUGGCAGCUUGGAGACCCCUUGCCACCCUUCCAUGGUGCGCUUGCCCCUGGCAAACAUCCCCGGCUCCGGGCAGCUGCGGGAUCUUCUUGGCCCUGCCCAGCAAGCGCCCGAGUACAGCCCCAGCCCUACCUCUGCCCCACCUACCAGCCACAGGCACCCCCUUAGUGAGGGGACGGGUCCCCUGGACCCUGGCAGAGCCUUGGCUGAGAGGUGGUGGCAGAGAUGGCUGUGAUGCCCUGGCCACAGCUGGGGGUGGGCUGGGGCUGCUCCAAGGCAACCGGAGGCACCUGCUCUCCCACGGUGCCAUGGGAAGGAUUUCCUCCACCCCACAGGAGCUGGGGGCGGGGGGGAGUGGGUUAUCCAGAGUCUUUCUGAGUCGGGGGAGCUCUCUGAGUCCUAAAACUCCCCUCCCCUGGGACCCCCUCUCCCCCCCAUCUGUUCUCCCCGGAGUUUUCUCCUCUCCAGCACAUGAUUCUACUGCAGAGGGUCCUGUCUUGGUUUUCCUGAGCCUGGAACAGGGGCCUUCCCUGUAUGGGUUAAAUUUUUCUUUUGCUGAUGAAUUUCUGUCUCCAAAUGACCUGAUGGGAAGCAGCUGCCGGUUCUCAGUGGGGCUGUGGGUGACAGUGAGGACAGCAGUGCAGGACUCUCUGCUGAGGGUUUGGACAGUAAGAUUCCCGAGCACAGCCCUAAGGCCUGGGCAUUGCUGGGGGGAAUUGGGAAUGUCCAGCUGCCCUCCACGUCAGCAUCCAGCCCUUGGCCCUGCCCUGAGGUGGGGGGUUUCCACUCCUGGGAGCAGUCAGGUGAAGGCUGGGUGCCACUGCAGGACCGUGCCAUGGGCAUGGGGGUGGCUGCUCUGUGCCCUGGCCUUGGGGGGCUUUUUUCCCCCACUGCUGAUGAGGAUCUUGGGGCAUCAUAGGGAACUGCAGGGUGAGGGCAACACAGCCCAGGCUGGCCCACGUUGGGUGGAAUCUGAUGCUCAUCAUCCUCCCAGAGCACCUGGGAGGGUGAUGGGGUGGGUGCAGGUACUCGGAGAAAGCAAAUAUGCUGGAAAGCAAAGGGUGAGAUUUCCACAGGGGCUUCACUAGAAAUUACGUGUAUUUUGACUUAGUGAUGUCAGCAAAUCAUAGACUCAUAGAAUGGUUUGGGUUGGAAGGGACUGUAAAGACCAUCUCAUUCCAACCCCCUGCCAUGGGCAGGAACAUUUCCCACUAUACCAGGUUGCUCCAAGCCCCAUCCAGCCUGGCCUUAGACACUUCCAGGGAUGGGGCAUCCACAACUUCUCUGGGCAACAAAUGCAAGUGGCUGAAUGCACGAGAAUUGCUGCUGGUUUGGGGGCAGCUUCCCGGACAACAGGGACAAGUACAGCGAAUACCUUCACAGCUGGUGUUUCUCGCCACUCUGGGAUGAAUUUUGUUAAUCCAGUCUUGGAAGGACCAGGGGGGAGGGCUGGGGCGGGGUUAAAUGGGGAACGUAGUCCAGCUAGAUUACAGUGAGAUGAUGGCUCCUCGAAACUCGGAGCAGGCGCUCCCUGCGAAGGGACAACGAGGCGAGUGAGGGAGAGCAACCUCUGCCACCUCCCAGGCCACCACCACUGCCUCGGCUGCUUCGUGGUACCCAGCUUGGAGCUGGCGUCUGGCAAAUCCACGGGAGCCUGAAGGAAUCCAUCACUGAGUCUCAUUUGGGGUUUUGUGUUGGUUUGAGUUUCUUUUUUUUUUCUUUUUUACUACCGCCUUAGUUUGUGGCCUGUCUUGUUGUGGUUGGAAAGAGGAGUAUUGCUAGCAGGGUGGGUUGGUCGGUUGGCCCCACGCAUGAUCAUGUGCUUCCCUCUUCUCUCUGUCGAACGGGAUGUGCUCGCCUGAUCUCCCAGAACAGAGACUUUGAACAAUUUGUUGUUUAUAUGAUGUAUUUAUUUUUACUUGUGUUUCAUGUCAUUUUUUAAAAAAUAAUAAAUUGUAAGUUGGUAUAACUG